AAAACGAAACGUCAAAAUUCUUUGUCAAUAGAAUUAUAUGCUAACAACAGCUGUUUUGUAUUUUUUAAUCGUUGAUUACGUGGUAAUUAUCCAUCUUUAAGGUAAAAUAGAAUUAUUUAAGCAGGUCAUGAAAGAUAUUAGAUGUAGUGUUGUAUUUAAAAAUGAAACAAAGAACGAGACUGUCAAACAGCGGGGGUGACCUGAUGACCACUAUGAACGGUAUAAAGGACGAUAAGGAAUUACACAGCGAGAUACAAUUAUAUAGGAUAAAGCCUCAGGAUCACUUCAUAGAGGCUCAAGUUCAAGAAGGUGAUACACUGCAAGCCAUCGCAUUACGUUUUCAUUGUUCGAUUUCAGAAUUAAAAAGGAUAAACCAAAUACACAAAGACAAUGAAAUAUUUGCGAGAAGGACAAUUAAAGUACCUGUUACGCCUUAUUCGGUUCUCACAGAGAUGAUACCUCUACCGCAACCACUAGAACCUGUCGCAUCUACAUCUAGCGUAGCUUCCACGAGCCUUAGUAUGCAACAUGCCUCAUACAAUCCAGUAAAUAACAAAGUAACUCAGCUACACAACAAUAAUCAAAAUUCUGUUGAUUUGAAGGACUUUGCAAUUGAUUGCAAUACUGUUGUUAUGAAUAGUUCAGUAGCACCAUCUGUCGUACCUUACACAGAUACAGAACAGAAUGAGGCUAUAUCAGAAGAUACAUCACUCUUGCCUGGCAAGGCAAAGGUGCCCGUUGAGGCUGUGGUAGUGAAGGAACUGACAUCACAUGGUGCUGAUUUUGGAUUAAAGUGGUAUCACCUUCUAGGAUUCUUACUUAUAUUGUGUGUUUUGACACCAAUUUGGUAUGUUAUGUUCAAAUUGGACAAACAUGAACAUCCAGAUAUACCACCAUUACAUCCUACGUAAUGAAUUAAUGGUAGGUUUGAUCUGAUAAAAAGCUUUAAGUUUUGGCAAUAUUUUGAUACAUCAUUUUAAACACAUGUAUUUUAUAUAUUUUUCAUAAAUCUAAGAGGACACAAAUGUGAUUCUUAAAUAUAACUACAGUUUAAGAAA